CUUGAAUUCUACCGCCAACAUAUGCGGACUUUGGAAUUGAAACUAUUUUCUAUCAGUAACACUGAUCCUAGUAAAUAAGCUGAUUAUUUAUCUCGUAAAAAAGUGAGAGCGCGAAAUUCAGCAUUGAGGGUUUUGAAUCUCAAGAACUGGGAAUCUAUCAUUGAUUAUGAUUGCACAAGAAAAAUAAUUUAUACCUUAUUAUGUUUCCAGAAUUACAGAGUACAAUUUUUUCGGAUCUCAUUGAGCAAAAUGCUGAUGUUAAGUCAUAUUUCAGUCCGAACGGUUUGAAUUUCGUAAGUGACUAGAUUGUGAAACAUUUUGAAAUAAAAUAUUUAGCAUCAAAUUUUAAAAGCAAUCCUUGCGACGACCGUGGAAUUUUUAUUAAGGGGAUGUUUAAUUUUUUAAUAUUUAUGCAGUUGAACGUCAGCGUUAAUUGCGAGAGGAACCCCUAAAAUAAAAAGUUGGAGAAAUUGAAUUACUGCUCAUUGAGCUUUUUAGAAAAAUUCUUGGCAUGAUGUGGUGUCUUUUUGCAUCUGUUUCCCUCACUGACACACCACUACUAUUUUAUGUCAAAUGUUCCCUGUCAUUCAGAGCUAUGUAUGAGGGAAAUUAAUUAUCUGCCCUGCAGAAUACUGCUGCAAGUGCCACAGUCCCAAUUCUGUUUUAUUGUACCCUUCAUAAUAAUAUAAGGAUAUACUAUUCAGUGUCAACUUAUACUACUAGAUGUAAAAUCUCAAAAAAUUGUGCAGAAAUUUAUAUGCGAUUACCCUGUUGAUUGCUUUGAAUGGUCACCAGAUUCAGAAUUAGUUUAUUGCUGUAUGAAAAAACAAGGCAGUAUUCAAGUGUGGAGCCUUAUCAAUCCAGCAUGGAGAUGCAAAAUUAUGGAAAAUCCACUUGCUAUAGCUGAAGUUUAUUGGGCCCCUGAUAGCCGACAUCUCCUUGUAAUCAAUGAAUUUCAUCUUAAAAUAACUGUGUGGUCUUUUGUUUCCACUACCACUGCUAUAAUAGAAAACCCGAAGCCAAUCAAAAACUGUAUCUGUUUCUCUUAUUGUGAAAGAUAUCUUGCUGUGACUGAAAGAAAAAAAUGUGAAGAUUGUAUAAGUAUUUACACUUGUGAUACAUAUGAAAUUUUGAAGUUUUUCCCUGUGGAGACCAAAGAUUUAUCUGGAAUUUACUUUUCACCUUCUGAUCUUAUCUUAGGAGUUCUUGAAGCUUAUACUGAAGAACCAAAAGUUGCAUUUUAUUCAAUUGAUGGAAGAAUUCUAGGAAAAUAUGUUAGGUCUUCAAUGUUUGGCUUCACUACUUUUUCUUGGAAUCCAGAUGGAAAGCUUAUUGCUAUUGGAGAUUAUUUUGGAAUGAUAACAAUUCUUAACAGUUCUAAUUAUGAAGAAAUAUUCUCUUAUCAAGAAAAUGAAAGCAUUGAUUGUGAAAAAACAACUGUUUAUAAAAUCAAUCCGAAGUCAGUCGAGCAUGAAGCUUCUGGGGAUGUUUCUUCUACCUUGGAAUUGUUUGAAGUUCGGAAAGGGAAACCAUUUGUUUUGGCUACCUUGGGAAAUCUUUCUGAAAAAAAUAAGUGUAAACCUGCAAAAUGUGGAAUAAAAACUUUGGGUUUUAGUCAUUGUGGAAAUUAUCUCCUUUCAUUGAAUGGUUCUUUUCCAAAAGUUUUGUUUGUAUUUGACAUUAAUACUCUAAUGUUGUCAUCUGUUAUUUUACACCAUCAUAAAAUAAAAGAUGUAUCAUGGCAUCCUAGAAAAUCUCUUCUGGCAAUUUGUUGUAGUUCUCGGAAUGUGAACUUAUGGAUGCCUACCUGUUGUGUCUCCCUCUGGUCUCCCUUCAGAGAUGAAUGUCCCAUCUUCAGUGCCGAAUGGUGCUCGAGGGAGGACUGUUUGCUGCUGAAUGGGAAGAACUUCUCUGCUAUUCUAUAUUUGCCUAAUGUUGAUCUCAGCCUUUCCAGAAGUGGAUCUAGCACGAAGGAUAUUAAUUUUUAAAGUUGUAAAUGUUUGUAUGUUUUCGAAUUAUUAAAAGCAUUUCUAUUA